ACUGCAAACCAAUCAGCUGUUGUAGAGGGAGGGACCACUUUUUGUUUUUCUCUUCCUUUGCCUGUACUGACAGAUACUAGCCAAUGCUGAAUGAUCACACAGAAAGAAGGACAUUGUGUGUUCACAUACAGAUACCGGAAAAUAAUGACACCACCGCUUAGCAAACUGACCCAUUAAUCGGCUUUCUGUUGCAUUUGAAAAUCCUUUGUCGAAUGGAAAAUGCGUAACAAAGAGCCUUUCAACUCUUAAUUUCACACACACACCAAAAACGUAUCAGCUGACCUCUGAGAGCACGGAGCAAGACGGAAAGGAAAAGACUUGUCAGCAGAGUUAAUAUGGAUGAAGCUGAGACAGCUGACAGACAGGGGGGGAGAUGGCAGAUAAAGAGUGGAAGGAGACAUAAGAAGAAUGCAGGAUGGAGGGACGAAGGGAUGAAAAGCAGGAGGUGGUGCGCAUGGAAAGCUGGAAGUGAUGGGGAGAGCGUUGGUAACUGUCCAUUCUCUCAGAGACUCUUUAUGAUCCUGUGGCUUAAAGGGGUAAUCUUCAACGUCACCACUGUUGACCUCAAACGGAAGCCGGCGGACCUUCAGGACCUCGCUCCAGGAACCAACCCUCCCUUUGUCACCUUCAACGGCGAGGUCAAAGUCGAUGUCAACAAGAUCGAGGAGUUCCUGGAGGAGAAACUGACCCCACCCCGCUACCCUCGACUUGCUACCAAACAUUCUGAAGCCAACACAGCGGGGAUCGAUGUGUUCGCCAAAUUCUCAGCGUACAUUAAAAACACGAGGAAAGACACCAACGAUGUGUUAGAGAAAGCCUUGCUGAAGUCCCUCCGGCGUCUUGAUGACUUCCUGAGGACUCCUCUGCCUGAGGAGAUCGACGCUGACGCCUCAGGAGAUGUGCCCGAGUCCUCCAGGAGCUUUCUAGACGGCCCUGAACUCACCCUGGCCGACUGCAACCUGCUGCCUAAACUACACAUCCUUAAGGUCGUAGCCAAGAAAUACAGAAGCUUUGAGAUUCCAGCGGAGAUGACGGGGGUGUGGAGGUACUUAAACUGCGCCUACCAGAGGGAGGAGUUCACCAGCACCUGCCCCGCUGAGAGGGAGAUCCACUUUGCCUAUCUGGAUGUUGCUAAGAAAAUCAAAUGAGAUGAAACAGAGAGGAGAGAUGUAUCAUGCCUAUCUGUAGUACAAGUAGACUAAAUGAAGACCUCCAGGAAAUAGAAUAGGAUGACCUAUACAAAAAAUAGUCAGUCUUUUUAACGUGUGUGUGUGUGUGUGUGUGUGUGUGUGUGUGUGUGUGUGUGUGUGUGUGUGUGUGUGUGUGUGUGUGUGCACGUGUGGGUGUGUGUUUCUAUGUGGGCUCCCACAGGUUGGGUAGCACAGUCAUGCUCUUCUUAAUGCUUAUUAUUUUACAAAUGAUGACAAACAGUUUUUUUUUUCCAAGAUGACGACUAAAUAAAUAGCAGAAUUAACAAACAUUACUUCAGUAUUACUGCAUUAGAAACCACUUAGUAAAUGUUAAGUUCAUUUUAUGUUAUCUAACAAUCUGGGUUUGGUUAACAACGUGUCUUUUAAUUUCUAUCAUGUCAACAAUUUAUGUGAUCAUAUAUCUGGAAUUUCAUUAGCAUCACAUUGUGAAUGUAUUGGAUUCUAGGAGCCAGUGCGGCUGAUGGAACCUUCAAGAUUUUCCCUAGUGUUACCAACACUUUAAUACACAUAUAUCAAACCAACCAUAUUAUCAGCCGGCUGUGUUCUGGCCUUAUAUUCUGUCUGAGGACAAACUUUAAUAAACUGAUUUAAUCACU